AUGUUUAGUUAUGAUAUUGAUGAAGAAUAUGAUGAAGAAUUAAAAGAAAAAUUAAGAUGGAAUGAUCCAAUUAAUCAAAAUAUUAUUCAACAGAAUGAUAUACCGAAAUGUAGAUAUAAUAUGGUUCCGAAUAGAUUUAAUAUUGAACCAGGUUAUAGAUGGGAUGGUGUAAUAAGAGGUAAUAAUUAUGAAAAAAGAUGGUUUGAAGCUAGAAAUAUUGAAAUUGCUAAAAAUAAAGAAUCAUAUUUAAAUAAUAUUUCUGAAUUAUAA